AUGGAUAAAACAAUGGAUCUCAAGAAACGCCCCUCGUCCAUCAAGUCGGAGGGCAAUAUUUCCUCUGCAGAAGGGCAGGUCAAUGAUGUUGUCAGUGAUGCGUAUGAGCGCAUGCCAGAGUCCCUACGCAGUCUUAGCGAAGAUGAGCGCCGCCGCCUCAAUCGGAGAAUCGUCCGCAAGGUGGACCUCAUGGUUCUGCCUACGGUUGGCCUCUUGUAUAUCCUGAAUUACAUCGAUCGUCAGAACCUUGCUUCGGCCAAGCUGCAGGGCAUCAUGGAAGAUCUCCACAUGUCAACCGACCAAUUUGCCACGGCUGUCUCAAUUCUCUUCGUUGGAUAUCUGCCCUUCCAAAUCCCCAGCAACCUCCUCAUCACCAGAAUCGCCCGACCGGGCAUGUACAUCUGCCUUGCGGUCACCAUCUGGGGCUGCAUCUCAGCUGCAACCGCAGCUGUUCAUAGCUACGGCCAACUACUCGCCGUGCGCGCCAUCCUCGGUAUCGCCGAAGCCGUCUUCUUCCCCGGAGCAAUCUACUACCUCUCAGCCUGGUACACCAAAGCGGAGCUUGGCAAGCGCAUCGCCGGUCUCUACAUCGCCCAACAAGUCGGCAACGCCUUCGGAGGGCUCUUCGCCGCAGCCAUCCUCCAACUAGACGGUGUCCACAACAUCGCCGGCUGGCAAUGGCUCUUCAUCAUCGAGGGCAGCGCCACCGUCGGCAUCGGCAUAAUCUGCGCUUUAAUCAUGCCCGGGUUUCCACACAACAGUCGCAUCCUCUCCCCAAUCGAGCGAGACCUAGCCAUAUGGCGCAUCGAAUCCGAAGCCGGAGCCGCGGAAGGCUCCGAAAACGAACCCAUCCUUCGCGGAUUCCUGAAAGCCCUCUCCGACCCCAAACUCGUCCUGAUGAUCUUCUGCAACAUGCUCUCCCAAUGCCAAGGCUCCAUCGCAAACUACUUUCCCACCUUAGUCGGCUCCCUCGGAUUCUCCUCUAAUACCAUCAGCCUCCUCCUCACCGCACCGCCCUACGUCCUUGCGGGCAUAGUCUACUACGGCCUCAUGUUCUACUCCGAUCGCUACAACACCAUCUACCCACUCAUCAUGGCCUGCAUUUCCAUCUCCGUCGUCAUGUACAUCAUCCUCAUGUCCACCCUCAACAUCGGCGCUCGGUACUUUGCAAUGAUGAUCCUCCCGUUUGCGUCUGUCGGUCCGCAGCUUCUCCUCUACAAAACUAUCAACCUGCAUAUGGCCCGUCCGGUGUCUAAACGCGCUGCCGCCUCCGCACUGGUGAAUUCUAUCGGCUGUACGUCGAACAUAUGGGCGUCGUAUUUAUAUUACGAUGGUCCGCAUUUCUAUGCUGCCUUUGGAACGCUCAUGGGUUCGGGCUUCCUCCUGGCUGCUACGGUCACGGUGUAUCGGUGGCUGGUCCGUCGCGAGAACAGAUACCUAGAUUCAGGCGACCCAGAUCUGAUCGGCAAGGUCGUCAAGGGAGGAGUUACAGAGGAGAUGGUGCAGCUGCGGUGGCGAUACGAGAUGUAUUGA